GGAGGGGAGAGGAGAGGAGACGAUGGAGACGAUAAGUGCGCAUAAGUCACGGUCUCUUCCAAUGCUUUCUUCAGCUUCUCUUCCAACCUCAUGCGAUCAUCCGACCGACAGUACUCCCCGAGAUGGACUGUCCGCCUGCAGCGGACGACAUCUUUGGGCCUGCAGUACAUGGCUGCCGUGACGACUUCGAUUUCACACUUCUCUUUGAACAGUCCUUCUUCCAGAUCGCGCCAUGUGCACUUCUUCUCCUCCUUCUACCAGUUCGAGCAUACCAGCUGAAGCGAAAGAAUGUCAAGACGCUGGGCACCGGCAUGCGUACGCUAAAGCAGACCGCCAUCGUCUCCCUAGCUGCUACUCAGCUGGCAUUGCUGGUUGUAUGGAGUCUCACGCCAACAUACAGGACGAAGGCUUCGGUUCCGGCAGCUACUCUUUCCUUUCUCGCCUCCGUGGCAUUGUUGUUCCUCUCAAGUGCGGAGCAUACGCGCUCUGUUCGACCCAGCUCACUCAUCAACACGUACAUGCUUUUCUCACUCGUACUGGACAUACCACAGACCCGUACACUAUGGUUACGUUCAGGGCUGCCGCGAAGCGUACCAGCUCUCUUCACCGCUGGCUUAGCAGCAAAGACACUCAUCCUUUGCCUCGAAGCCCGUACCAAACGCAGAGCACUCUUUCCACCGUACAAAAUCUACGCUCCGGAAGCGUUGGUUAGUUUGUACGACAGGACGACGCUAUGGUGGAUCAAUCCAUUGUUCUUGGAAGGCUACAAGGGCCUUAUCUCAUUCGAGAAGUUGUAUCCGAUCGAUCAGGACUUGUCAUCUCAACAGGUUGAAGACGACUUCCAAUCACGAUGGGGACAAACAUCGAAGAACGGCAAGCAUUCUCUACUGUGGGUAAUAGCAAGGAGUGUGCGGUGGACUCUGGCUGCGCUACUUGUACCACGUCUCUUCAUGAGCGCACUCGUGCUUGCCCAAGCCUUGCUCAUCAACGGCGUCACAGCCUGGCUGAGCGCUGAGCAGACGCCACAUUCAACACACCAAGGCUAUGGCCUCGUUGUAGCCACCGCUUGUCUCUACCUUGGUUUGGCUGUUAGCCGAGCAUUGACCAAUCGUCAGCAGCAUCGCCUCAGGACCAAGGUUCGAGGCAUCGUGAUGUCUGCGGUUCAUACCAAAAUCUUGACUUUACCCGGCGACCAGCUUGCUGAUAAUGCUGCUCUGACGCAUGCCACUACGGACGUCAGCCGUCUCGACGUAGCGUUAUCCCGUUUGGAUGAAGCCCUUACGUCUCCUCUUGAGGUUGGGGCAGCCACAUUCCUACUUGAAAGGCAAAUCGGAGUUUCCUGUGUGGCUCCCCUAGCAUGGACCAUCAUCAUCACUGCGCUGAGUUUAUUGAACUCGAACAUGGCACUGCCACUCCAAAAGCGCUGGCUAGCGGCUGUGCAAGUGCGGAUAUCGUACACGGCUGCUGUCCUGGGCUGUCCGAAGGGCUUCAAAAUGCUUGGACUUACCGACUGCCUGACGCAAAAGAUUCAAGCGCUUCGCGUCCAGGAGCUCAUCAAGAAUGCCGACUACAGAAAGUACGUGACGCAUCGCAACACCUUCAGCGCCGUCCCACAGGCAUUUGCGCCUCCGCUAGCACUAAUGAUGUUCACGCUUAUACACGGGGGCCAAGCUUUGACACCGACAGUAGCUUUCACAGCGUUAUCUCUCAUCGCUCUCUUGACACAACCGAUCCACGAGCUGAUACAUGCGAUUCCGCUGUUCCAGCAGGCAGUGGCCAGUUUCGACCGAGUGCAAGCCUUCUUGCUUCUUCCCGAGACAGAUGGAAAUGACUCAGCACCGUUUGUCGACAAUAACGGUGUCUCGCAAACGGGUACAGAUGCGGAGCUUUCAGUUCUGCCAUCAGAGCCCUUUGCCGCACAUUCCCGUGCUAUGGUGGUUGCCACAGAUCUAUGUGUGCGAUUGGGAAAAGAGCAUAGAGUCAUACUGCAGGAUAUCAAAUUCGCACUCUCUGCAGGGUCGCUGAACCUAGUCGUCGGAGCCGUGGGCAGCGGUAAGUCAAUGUUGUUGAAGGCAGUAAUUGGCGAUGUCCGAGCAACAUCCGGUCAGCUUUGGCGCGCCGCAGCUGGCAAGGAAGCAGCCUACUGUGCGCAGGAUCCGUGGCUACCGAAUGGCGCUAUCCGGAAUAUCAUUCUCGGUGAAUCUGAUAUGGACCAACUUUGGUAUCGCAGGGUUGUCCAGGCCUGUGCUUUGCACGUUGACCUUACAACGUUCCAGCACGGAGACGAGACGGUGAUUGGGACGAGAGGCAUUUCACUUUCUGGUGGCCAGCGCCAGAGGCUGGCACUCGCCCGAGCAUUGUACGCUCGCAAAGCACUCAUGUUGGUCGACGACGCCCUUGGUGGGCUUGACGCCAGUACAUCACGUCACGUUUUUGACGACUGCUUCGGAAUCAACGGUAUCUGUAGGGACCAAGGAAUGACCGUGCUGCUCGCUACACACGCCGUGCAAUACCUUGGUCAGGCUGAUCAUAUUAUUGCGCUCACACAUGACGGAGCUAUUGCCGAGCAAGGUAGCUUCGCUGAUCUGCAACAGCAUAAGGGAUAUGUCUAUGAGCUGUACCUGAAGGGCGGACAGACUGGCAGCAGUGAUCGAACCGCAGCUCCCGCUGACGAUAUAAUUCCGGCUAAGCCGUCACCUUCUGCAGACGAUGCCCAGCAAGAUCUAGCACGUCGGACCGGUGACAUGGCGGUGUACGGCUACUAUGCUCGAAGUCUCGGAUGGGAAUACGGCACUGUCGUCGUCAUCACUGCGGCCACCUUCGCUUUCGGCGUGAAGUUUCCGGAUCUGUGGGCCCAAUGGUGGUCGCAGUCACACACCGGCGGGAGACUGCAGCUGCCGCUUAGUGUCUGGAUCAUCGUCUACAUGCUCCUGGCCGCCACGGGUGUCAUUUCGGUGUUCGUGCACAUCUACACAAUGUUGGUCAAGACCGUACCGAAGAGCUCCGCGCAAUUGCACCAGCAACUGCUGCACGCGGUCAUGAGGGCGCCGUACUCUUUCUUCGUCGAUACCGACUCCGGCGUGACGCUCAAUCGAUUUGCAAACGACAUGUCAGUCAUUGAGGGUGAGCUCGCAGGCGCCGUUAUGCAAACUCUGGAUGGGCUUGCCUUGUUCAUUGGUGGCGCAAUCCUUAUUGCUGCCGGAGCUGAAUAUGUUGGGGUGGCCAUGCCGGCAGUGCUCUUCGUGCUCUACUGCUUGCAGCGGUUCUACCUUCGCACAUCGCGUCAACUCCGUUUCAUGGAUCUGGAGGCUCAGGCACCAUUACUCACGUUCAUUAGCGAGGCGCUAGCUGGAGUCACCACCAUUCGGUCUUUCGGGUGGCAGAGCGCAAACCACGCGAAAUGUCAAAGCCUGCUCGACGCCUCACAACGGCCUUUCUACUUGAUGCUCUGCAUUCAGCGCUGGCUCAAUCUUGUCCUCGACCUUGUCACAGCAGCUCUGGCCACCAUCGUUGUGAGCCUGGCCAUUACACUCCGCAACACAUCUUCAGCCGGUUCCAUUGGCGUUUCGUUACUGAACGUUCUGAGCUUCAACCAAAAUCUAGCCUACCUUAUCACCGCAUGGACAUCUCUGGAAACCUGCCUAGGCGCAGUUGCGCGCUGCAAGAACUUCGAGUCCAGCACCACGCCCGAAGACAAACCGGAAGAAGAUCAGACUCCUCCCGUAACAUGGCCACAACGCGGCGCACUAGUCUACGCCAACGUCAGCGCCUCCUACAGCUCCAAUGGCGAAACAGUCCUCGACGACCUCACCUUCUCCAUCUCAGCAGGAGAAAAAGUAGGAAUCUGCGGCCGUUCAGGAAGCGGCAAGAGCUCGCUCCUCCUCACGCUACUACGCCUGCUCGACAACUCCUCCGGCACAAUAACCCUAGACGAUAUGGAUCUAUCAACCAUACCUCGCCAAACCAUCCGCUCCCGUCUCACAGCAUUACCGCAAGAAGCCAUCACCGUCCCCGGCACACUGCGUGAUAAUAUCGACCCGUUACAGCUCGCCUCUGACUCCGCAGCGGAAGCAGCGCUCGCACGUGUCGGCCUCCUUGACUUAGUGAACCAACAAGGUGGUCUAGACGCCUCCAUGACCGAACUCUCGCUUUCGCACGGGCAAUUACAACUUUUCGCCGUGGCAAGAGCAUUACUCCGGAAAUCGAAGUUGUUAAUUCUGGAUGAGAUGACAGGUUCUGUAGACACGGUGACGGAGGAGUUGAUGAUGAGUAUUAUCAAGGAGGAAUUUCGGGAGAGUACGGUAAUUGCUGUUGCGCACCGGUUGCGUACGAUUGGGGAUUUCGAUCGCAUCAUUGUAUUGGAUAAGGGAAGGGUGGUGGAGAUGGGGAAGCCCGGGGAGUUGUUAGAGAGGGAAGGGGGGUGGUUCAGGGAGAUGUGGGAGAGGAGUGGCCAUUGAGCUGUCGCAUUACGUGGAGUAGAUGGUGUCAUAGAUCUGUGAAGCCUUUCUUACCAAGCUGCAAGACUGCAUUUUACGGCCGAAGAUUCCCACUUCCCAUAUACAAAUCACUCCUUCUCAACCCCGCCCGCUCCAUCAUGGCACUGAACGUCGUAUCCCUCCUCUCCUCUCUUCGCGGCGGCAGAGCAAGAAACUCCGGCUCCUCCGCAAUACUAUCCGUCAACCUG